AACACCACGGGUGCUUUACCCUCUCUGCAAGACGCGUCAAAGCAGUUGUUGACUUUCAGCACGUUGUUGUCCCCGUAUGAAUUGAGUAUACUAUAUAGAAGAUAGUAAAGGUCACUUUUCGAAAACGCUUUCUUUCAUCGCUUCGCAGUCGCGUUAACUUUGCAUAGCAGAGAGCGUGUUACACGGUUGGAUAAUCCAAAAUAGUGUCGGAGUGCGAGGAUAAUCGAGCGAAAAUGAGGUGACCGAAAAACGACCGAAAAAUAGUGUAUUCGCGUAAAAAGCAGUACAAAAUAGUUCUAAGUCGCGAGGUUGCAAUAGUGUUCCGUGAAAUAAAAUAAACGCAGAACGUUGCUCGUAGCGUAAUAACAUAACAGCAUAAAGAUGAUUUAGCAUGGAAAUCUAAAUGCUUCCGGGAAGCUUAAAAUGAUAUGUGCUAAAAGUGCGAUAAAUUGAAUAUGUGGUGUUCAAAUAAACUUUUAAGCCUUCGAUUUAUCUGUGUAUUUUGUUCGUCAAUAAUGAAUAGCGUCAUUGCUGACAAUGUUUUUCGGUGCUAGACCCGAGCUCAAUGUCACAAUGAUGAAUGGCUUUCCGAUAGAUCCUUCGCAUCCACCGGUCAUCACCAGUCAUAUCACCAAUCUAGGCAUCAGAUUGUCCCCCGGAGGCGGUGGAUCAACCGGUGGAUCGGUCGACCCAAAUGUAAUUGUGCAACCACCUCCGGGGGUCGAGCCGCCUCAGCAGCAUCAUCACUUCCAUCCGCAAGCUUACGCGCCUCACCAUCCUCACACUAGCCACGUGUCUCCUCACACGUCGCAUUCUAUGGGACAUCCGAGUUACGCGACGCGCGAUUUCUUUCUCCGACGCGAGCACGAUAUUAACGCGACGGCCAAUCCGGCCACCUCUGAGAGUGGACUGAGUAUAUUUUCGCCUCUGCAUCAUGACGGCACACCCGCGAUGCAACAAUUUCAUCCCGUUCAGCAUCCGUUGGCCGCCAGUCACUAUAACGGGCAUUAUCCGCAAGACUCGCGGUUAGGUCCUCCGCAUCACCAAUAUCUCGGUCCUCACCUGCCGCCUGCUAUCCACCAGCAGCAGCAUCCAUCGAUGGGCCAUCCGAAUCAUCAUCCCAGCUUCUUUAGAUACGUAAGAUCUAACGGCAGCAGUGGCGCUAUCGGCGCUAUCGGCACCGUCCCCAACGGUCAACGGCAGGAAACAGUCUGCCUGUGGAUCGAUCAAGAUACACCCGGUUCGAGAAACAAAGUCUGCGGAAAAGUCUACCACAAUCUCCAAGAUAUCGUAACGCACCUUAGUGUCGAUCACGUGGGCGGACCCGAGUGCACAGCACACUCGUGCCACUGGCAAAAUUGCACGCGCAACGGUAAGGCCUUUAAAGCCAAGUACAAGCUCAUCAAUCAUAUAAGGGUGCAUACUGGAGAAAAGCCAUUUCCUUGUCCGUUUGAGCAGUGCGGCAAAGUCUUCGCCAGGUCGGAAAACCUCAAGAUACACAAGAGGACACAUACCGGCGAGAAGCCUUUCAAGUGCGAUUUCAGUGGCUGUGACCGAAGGUUUGCGAACAGUAGUGAUCGUAAGAAACACAGCCACGUUCACACGUCAGACAAGCCUUACAAUUGUCGAGUUCCUGGCUGUGACAAGUCCUACACUCAUCCAAGUUCUCUACGCAAACACAUGAAGAAAGUGAAGACAUUGAAGAAAUUGGAGAAGCUUUUCGAGUCAUUUAAUGCUCUCGAAAUAGUCACAGAAGAAUCAGCAGACGAAAUAAAAAAAGAAAAUCAUGAAUGAGCGCUCUCUAUAAUAUAAUUUUUUCACAUAUCACAGAAUCUCCAUAAGAAAUUAUUUUAUCGUGAAAAGAUAGAAAAAAAGAAAUAGAAGAUUAUCCAAAUUUCAAGAUACACAUAUGUAAUACAUUUGCUUCAUCGGGACGCUUUUGCUUCUCUAUGGUUUUCGCAGACGUGAUUCGCAGAAGACAGUCAUCGAGAUUUGUUCAGUGAAUUAUGAAAGAAGAAAUCCUUGUUUACAUUAUUUUAUGAAAAAAUUUAGUUCUUAGCUUCCUCGGUCAGACUAAAGCGCUAUUCUCUUUGCUGACUCUACUGAUCUUUGCGAUGAUAUCCAAUAUAAGCUUUACACGAAACAUAUAAAUCAUAGACAUAUCUUGCACUAUCCUGUAAAGUUUUGCCAUUAUUUUUCAACAUCGUAAUACAGCCCUGAGAAUCCCACCACGUCCAUCAUUGCCCCAUCACUGCAAGGAUAAAACUAGCGCUUGAUCUAUUAAUAAUUUGUUACUAAUAAUUGUUACUAAUUCAUUGCAUGAUUUAAAUCACGAUUUUUCACUGUUUUUAUGACUUUGAUAAUGUGUUAAUAUUUACAGUAGAAUUUGCCAAAAUUUGAAGCUUUAUACAUUAUUUUAAUGUAUUACAGUGUAGAAUUUGUGUGUAAUUUUUAGAAAUUGCUAAGACAAAGA